AUGAUAAACGGCUUUCUCUUCUCUCGGUUCUAUAACCCCCUUUCCAAUCAUGAAAAUCACUCUCUGCGCGUUUCUAUAGCUAGGUUAUUUGGAGAAACACCGUCGACACACAACUGGGUCUCCUCUGUUUUGUUUUCGCCUCCCCACUUACUUAACCGCUUGACGAUGCCUGCUGCCGCUAAAUGGGAGGUGAUCGCCUCUCGUCAUCGAGCCAAACAGCAGCAAGCCAUUCCGCAAGCUUGGACCAUUCCUGAUUCGAAACUGAAGGAAUUGAGCGGCACUGGAACAGGCCAUGAAGGUCGAUUGAUUGCGCUGAACGCACUCGGAAAAUCCGCCCUGUUAACGGAAAAGGAGCUCGACAUAUCAGGGAACUACACUGCGAGAGAGUUACUUGACAAAAUCCACGGGAGAGAUUUAUCGUCCGAAGAAGUGACUUUGGCGUUUUGCAAACGUGCCGCUGUCGCCCAACAACUUACCUCCUGUCUUACCGAGAUCUUUUUCCAUCAAGGCAUUGCGAGAGCUCGGCAGCUCGACCAGCAUAUGAUAGCAACUGGCAGGCCAUUCGGGCCUCUCCACGGGCUGCCCAUUAGCCUCAAGGACUCGUUUGUAAUCGAAGGUCACCAUGCCACGGUCGGGUAUGUUGAAUUUCUCAAACGACCGCCGCCCACGGCCAACUCGGCCAUGGUGGACCUCUUGCUAGAUGCUGGGGCUGUCUUCUUUUGCAAGACUAAUAUCCCUCAGACAUUGAUGACGGCUGAUUCGGAGAAUAACAUCUUCGGGAGGACACUCAACCCGCACAAGACGUCUUUGACUGCUGGUGGUUCGACAGGGGGCGAGGGAGCCCUCAUUUCAUUUCGGGGCUCGGUGUUGGGCAUCGGCACUGAUAUCGCAGGUUCCAUCAGAAUACCAUCUCUUUGCUGCGGAAUCUAUGGCUUCAAGCCGACCGCAGACCGUAUACCGUUCGGCGGUCAAUCAAACUUUCCCUUCCCUAUCCUCCGUCUCCCUGGGGUGACGCCAGUCGCGGGGCCCAUGGCAAAUUCAGUUGGCGACCUCACUUUGCUCAUGGAAACGACUCUCGCCCGACGCCCAUGGGAUUACGACGCAUCCUCAGUCAACACACCAUGGAGAAAUCUGGACGACGGCGUCAAGACUCUGACGAUUGGCCUUCUUCCUGAAGACCCGAAUUACCCACUGCAUCCCCCCGCUGCCGGGCACAACGUGGUUCAUCUGCCAUCAGACCCUUCUCGAAGUGCUAGCGUGGGAGGCAGACUAGGCUUCUCUUACUUUGGAAUGACUUCCUCUGGUCUGGAUGCCUUGGCGAACACAAUUGGCGAACCACUCGUGCCUUCAGUCAAGAGAAACGUUCAUCCAUUCAAUGAUAACAAGCCCCCUAUCUCUCCAGAGCUGGACACCGCACACCAGCUGAGCGAGUUCCUCCGUCUUCGUUCUGGGUACGCCGACAGCUGGCGAUCGACUUGGCGUGACAAUAAUCUGGAUGUGGUCGUCGGUCCUGGGGCCAUCAGCACCGCCGUACCCCACGAUACCUACGGUGCUCCCGUCUACACCCUGAUGUGGAACGUGCUAGACUAUCCGGCUGGAAUUAUACCUUAUGGCGUUGCUUCGAAGGACAAAGACUUUCAGUAUCAAAAAGCAAUCACCCCAUUUGAUGCAGACUAUGACCCCGAGGCGAGCGAUGGAGCCCCGUGUGCAAUCCAAGUAGUAGCUCCUCGAUUCCGGGACGAGGAGUGCUUACAAGCAAUGAGAAUAAUCGACAGGGACAUCAGACAGUAG